ACAUUGUUGUCAAAAUUUUUGUACAAUCACAAUGGCCAUAAAACAUUUGUACAUUUUCAUAAACGGUUCCUAGGUUUCUACUAUAAAAAUGGCAUUUCAUAUAUCUGAUCCACAGUUCUUAGCAAUUAUUUCUAAUUAAUUACAUUCACAAUAAUAAUACUUACAUAUUAAAACGAUCAAUUUGUUUUAUAUGUAUAUUGUAUGUAGGGUUAAUAAAUAGUGCAUAUAAUAGAGAGACUAGAAUGGAGGGUGGAGGGCGACAGUCGCGCUUGCUCGGACGACUGCUCGGCAAGCUUCGCGGCGAGCAUCAUCGUUACUCAGCGCUAGAUAAAAAUAUCUCGUUUACUUCCUCUGGCAUGAGCGAAAGUACCGAAUGUGGUAGCACGACUAAUGUGGAUGAGGAUAUGGAGCCGGGUACUGCAAGCGUUUCAAACGGACCCGUCGACGAUGACCAAUUUGCUGCCAACAUUGAUCAAAGGUACAGCGGGCAAUAUUUAACACCGGAACAGUUGCCUGUGUUUUGUGAUCAGCUGCACCAUCUCGUUGAAGUAAUAAGGAAUAUACAGUCUUAUGCCAAGAUCACAGGAGAGUAUCCCAGCGAGUUGGAGCGUCGUUUAGAACAAGAAGCUCGUGAGGUGGCCGCGCUAGCAGCUGAAGCGCGCAAUGCACGUGAUGUUGUAGCAAGAACUCGCGUGCAACAUCGUGCAGUGCACGCGCAGAAAAAGCACCUCACCACGCAUUUAGCACAUUUGAGAGAGACAGAAAUACGCGAGCUAGAGAGUACUGUCCGUGCCUCUGACCGCAAACUAUUCAAGAGCUGGGAAGCGCUCAAAGAUUCCUCUGAUCCUGCAGCGUUUGAUCCCCUGUUGGAUGAAAUCAGGAAUAAACAAACAGCGCUGGAAUGUCUGGUAAGAUUGAUAGAGGGUCGGCGGUCCGCGUUUUCACGAAUUCCAUUGCAACCUCGCCCACUACCACCUCCACUGCCACAGGAGGAGACAGAAGAAUCGUGUGCUGGCCGUAAACGACAUGAAGGCAGGCGCUCCAACUGCAAGAGGAGACGUAAGGAAGCUAGAUCAGCGCCGCUGUCUAACGAGCCAAGUCGACAUGGUCCUUUGCCGCAGGUGACAUUAUAUAUACAAGGGUCGGAGUGUACCUCGAGGUACCGCGUCGGCAGUGCAGGCGCAGUAACGCUCACACCACUGGAGCUUCCGUCAAGAGCAAGUGUCAGAGACAUACUGUUCUUUACUGCACAAUAACUGUUAAAACGUGGAAAUAAAUUG